AUGGGUCCGCUGAAUUUCAACUUCAUCGUGAAGCUCGUAAUGAGUUCCAUCUACAGCAUGCGUCUGGAGAGAACUUGCUUCUACAAAAAGUCUGCUGAUUACGCUUGGAUGCUUCUCCUAGGCAUUAUUUGGAUCGUCACCAUCUCCUGCAUCUACCCCUCCUCCGGCUUUCUCGGCAUGGCGCUGCACACCAUGAUCAUCUACGUCUGGUGCCGCAAAAACCCCCACAUCAACAUCCAAUUCCUCUUCAUCCGCAUGUCGGCCUCCUACUUCCCCGUAGCCCUCCUCCUCUUCCACUAUUUCACCUACGGCACCAUCAUGGAUUCCGAUAUCGUGGGCAUGAUCGCAGGACACAUCUACUACUACCUCGCCGACAUUCUCCCAAAAAUCGCCAAAAUCCGCCAGUGGAAACGCACGCGUUUCAUCCACGCUGCUCUUCCGCGAUAA